AGAAAACGUCGGGCGCCCAUCCUACGGUUCCAAACUCACAAGAACGCGCUUUCCACUCUCCAUCAUGUACUCGCUCCUCGGAAGACAAACCAAGCUAGAGGCAGCGGCUUACAGGGCGCUUGGCCUUGGCGGGUCAGUGUCACGCAGUGAGCCUGUGUGCCAACAGUCGUGCGCCUCUUGUUGGGCGGUCUAGUGUUCACACUGUCAGUACAGACUUACCAGCUGAGAGCAACUUACAGAAUCAAGGAUGGUUAUCCAGAAAAGCUGCGACUUCUGCGGGGACUCAGCCGCCUACAUCACCUGCUGUAACUGCAACAAAAGCUACUACUGCUCCAAGGAUCAUCAGGAACGACACUGGGACUGCCACAAAGACCAAUGCCACCCUUUCCAGGAAGAAUGUGAUCCUGAGCGCGGAAGAUAUUUAGUGGCUACACGAGACCUUAAACCUGGUGAGUUUCUCUUUUCGGAAUCGCCCGUCGCUCUAGGCCCGCUUGGCAGCUGCCGCCUUUUGUGUUUGGGCUGCCACGAGUUCAUCAAGGGAGAUGAGUUCGUUCGUUGCCCCGGGUGCUGGUGGCCCCUGUGCUCCGUCGAAUGCGCGUCCGGCAAGUUCCACGUCGACGAGUGCCCUAAGCUAGCGCAGGACACCAAACACAUUGGACAGCCACCUUGCCAGGAAGAAACAGUUCGGUAUGACAUCAUACUUUCUCUACGAUGCCUGCUUUUGAAGUUCAAUGCUGCCGACAAAUGGUCACGUGUGCAAGAUAUGGCGAGCCAUGCCCAGCGUCGCGUUGAUAACAAAGACUGCAACCACAUUACCACAGUGCGCUACAUCACAGAAGUCCUAGGGGAUGAGUUUGAUGAAGAUGACGCUCACCAUGUUCAUGACGCGAUUGUAAGCAACUGCUUCGAAUGGCGGAGUCCUUCGCAAGUUCGACUUCGCGGUGUGUAUCCACUGCUGGCACGCAUGAAUCAUGCCUGCCUGCCGAAUGUCACCUUGUUUUCAGACCGAGAGGGCACAAUGUAUGUAAGAAGUGCUUUUAACAUCAAGUGCGGUGAACCUCUUGUCAUCACUUACGUGGGAACCAGUGUACCUUUCUGGGAGCGGCAGAGAUACACAAGAGAUGUCCAUUACUUCAAGUGUGACUGCAUUCGCUGCGAAGACCCGACUGAGAUGGGCCUUCAUUAUUCUUCCCCAAAAUGUGAAAAUUGUCGAGACCAGUUCAUGGAGCCAAACACGUGGCUCGGCGAAACCAAGUGGGAGUGUCCGCUCUGUGGCUCCCGGGAGGAGGAAUCAGUCAUCUGCUAUCAAGCUGAUGAAUGGUUAGCCUGGUUUGAUACAAAAGACACAUUUCUUAAGAGUACCCACUAUUCCAUCAAAAGUGUUUUGGACAAGGUAAAAGCAGCGUUUCAUAAUCAGCACUACGUGUGGGAGAAGGCAGCGCUUGUGGCCGUCCGGGCGCUCAAAGAAGAAACAAGUGUACAAGGAAUUGCUCUCAUGCGCGAUCUGUGGCGGCGUCUCCUGAAGCUCUACGACGUGCUGGAGCCUGGCAUGACGCGCAGGAGAGGCGUCACGCUGUACGAGCUCGGGGCCUCGGAGGCUAAACUGGCCAACGCAGAAAUGAAAGCAGGGAAGCUGACCAGCUAUUUCUACAGGCGGCAGCUGGGCGAGGCGCUUGACCACCUGGAGGAGGCCAGCAUCAUCCUGGCUCAGGAACCUACGACCUCCAGUGAGCGGCGCUGGCACACGCGCGCUGUGGACUCAGCCGAGAUUGUUCGCCAAGACCUCGCGCUAGAGGAAGCCGCUGGCCAGGCUGCCGCACCGGCACAUGCGCAGGAAAGACCACAGAUGUCGGGAGAAAAGGGAGCCUGCGGCGUCUGUGGUACAGCUGCAAAGCUUAGGUGCGGCGGAUGCAGCAACGUGCAUUACUGCUGCCGAGACCACCAGCGCCAACAUUGGGCGCUGCAUCGGGAGGAGUGCAGGCCUAUAAAACAGGUCGAAAGCCCCCAGGAAGGAAGAUACCUGGUUGCCUCCCGUAAUCUGGCCGCCGGUCAGCUGGUUUUGAAUGAAAGUCCCAUAGUCUGCGGCCCCACUGGCACGUGCUUCCCUCUUUGUCUGGGCUGCCACUCGGCCAUCACAAACCUGGAGUCCUUUCGUUGCCCAGGAUGUUUCUGGCCCAUGUGCUCCCAUGAGUGCCACCAGAAGGAUCUCCACGUGAAGGAGUGUGGCAUUCUGGCACAGGACGUCAAGCGGAUUGGUCCCCCCACCAGCUUAGAUGUCACGCCACGAUAUGACAUGAUACUAGUCCUUCGCUGCCUUCUGCUGCGCGAAGCAAAUCCAACUACCUGGAACCGUCUUAUGACCAUGGAAAGCCACGUGGAUGCUCGCCGGGAGCAGCAGGAGCCCUACCACAUGGCAGGUGUUCGUUUCCUGACGAAGGUACUGAAAUGUGGCUUUGAUGCGGACACAGUGCACAGAGUUCGAGGCAUCAUGAUAACUAAUUGCAUAAAUAUUCGGGGUCCAAAAGGGGAGCAUCUGCGCGGUAUAUACCCUAACAUUGCUCUUCUAAAUCACUCGUGCUUACCCAACUUAACAAUAAGAUCCGACGUUAAUAAUGCACUUUAUAUCCGCACGGCUGUAGCCAUCAAGAAAGGAGACCCUCUCGUGUUCAGCUACACGCCGCCGGAGGAGCCUCUAUGGGAGAGGCAAUUUGACUUCAAAAACGUUUAUUUCUUCUCUUGCAAGUGCCGCCGAUGUGGAGAUCCUACUGAGCUUGGCACUCACUACUCCUCGCCACGCUGCCCGAAGUGCCCAGAGAGGUUUCUGGAACCACGGGACGGAGUCGAUGCUCCCUGGAAGUGCUCCGAGUGUGAAGAAAAAAGGGAAAGCCGAGAAAUCAGAGACGAAGCAGAACGUUACAUCAAAGACAUUGACGAGCGUUGCAGUUCGACCAGCGAGGUGGAGAGCUUCCUGACGGGGAUCACACGUACAUUCCACGACAGCCACUAUGUGUGGGUGACGGCGGCUCAGGCGAGCUUAAGAAUGCUCAAGAAAGACGCCAGUUUAGCGGCACUCAAGCUGCAGCAGGAGAUAUGGAGGCAACUCAUGGGGAUCUAUCAGAUCUUUGAACCUGGACUCACGCGAAGGAGAGGAGUGUCGCUGUUCCAACUGAGCAUGGUAGAAACGAGCGUGGCACAAACCCAGCGCGCCGAAGGAGAGCUGACUACUCCCGCAUACAUCGCCGCCCUUAGGCGCAUCCUUCGCCAGCUCGAGUACGCCGCCAGGAUUCUCGAACUUGAGCCAAGCAACUCCACCGAGAGCCACUGGAAGGCACGGGCGGAGGAGAAGGCAGCGGCGAUUUCCGAAGCGAUCGCCGUUCUGCAGCAGAACAGCGAUCGGAAAGACGCCGCGGAGGACGCAGGUCGCCUUCACAAAGAGAACUGA